GUCCCAGCAUGCAUCGCGCAAGGAGACUUCCCGUUCUUCUGUGAGUGGGAAGGCUGGGUACUGUAAAAUCAAGAUGGAGAGCUGGAAGACUGCAGGUAUAGGGGGCAGACGAUUUGCUUCUGCCCCUGCCAAACCGGUAAAAACCAAUGUGUAUAUUCUUCAGCAAGAAGAAAUGAUAGCAAAGAAGAAGCGGGAGAUUGAAGAAAAAUUGCAGCAACAGGCCAAACAAGCACUGCUGAAUACUGCGUCCCAAUCCACAAACUCUAAUGCAGUCUCUGCCACAUCAAACAAAUUUGCAAAUGAUGGAAGCUUCUUGCAGCAGUUUCUAAGGUUACAAAAAGAAAAGCCAGCUGGUGAGUCAUCAUCAAGUUCUGCCAAAAGCUCUGCAGUCCCCCAGAAGAAAACUGGCAUGUUAGGAAAGAGACCUUUUGAGAACAUGAAGAAUCAAUUAAAAGCCUAUUCCAACGUCAAGCCAACCUCUAAAAUAAACCGUCUCAGUGUCUUCAAGUCUCCAGACGAGGAUGAUGACGAUGAUGAAGAUUACGAGCAGUGGUUGGAAAUCAAAAUUUCACCCCCAGAGGACUCUGAAACCCGUAAAAUAGUGGAGAAUAUGGCUCGUUUUGUGGCUGAAUCAGGCCGGGACUUGGAAAAAAAAGUGAUAGAAGAUUACAAGGAGAUCUCAGCUUUUGGAUUUUUGCAUGAUCAGAACAGUCCUGAGUUCCUCUAUUACAGGAAGAAACUGGCUGAAUAUAAGCAGGAAUUCCUGAAAUCGGAGCAAUCGUUAUCUAACAAUGUUUCACCCUCAGAUGAUGAAGAGACUAAGAUGUUUGCAGAGAAGCUGGCUAAGUAUGUGGCAGAAGGGGGCCCUGAAGUGGAAUUCAUUGCGCUCCAGAGUAACCGAGAAAAUCCUGCCUUCAGGUUUCUAUAUGAACCAAAUAGCAAAGGUUUCCAGUAUUACAAGAUGAAGUUGGAAGAGUUCAGACGAACCAUGAAACCAUCAUUAAAAUCUCCCGUAGCAGCAGAGCCACCUAAAGUUACACCUAUUACCUCUUCUACCAACAUCCCCACCACUCCUACCGAUGCGUCUAAUGCCAACACCUCCUCUCCCUCCUGCACGCUUCCCUCCGAACAGCCCUCAACAGAGCAGGUGACUGCAAAAAGAAAGAGGAAGAGCCGCUGGGGUCCAGAAGAUGAUAAAGUAGAUCUGCCUCCUGCAGCUCUGAAGGCUGAGCCUCCAGACACUAGUCUAUUAUCAGCCCAGGAUCUAAAAGGGCUUGGGUAUGAUAAGGUGAAGCCAGUGGGACUUGUGGGUGUUACAGAGUUAUCCGAAGCCCAGAAGAAGCAGCUGAAGGAGCAACAGGAGAUGCAACAGAUGUAUGACAUGAUAAUGCAACAUAAACGCGCCAUGCAGGAAGUGCAGAUUAUGUGGGAGAAAGCUGUGAAAAAGCACCAGCAUGACUAUGACAGUGAUGAAGAAGUGGACAACGACUUUGGGACCUGGGAACACCAACUUAGACGCAUGGAAAUGGACAAGACUAGGGAAUGGGCAGAGCAGUUGACUGAUAUGGGACGUGGGAAGCAUUUUAUAGGAGAUUUCUUGCCACCAGAUGAGUUGGAUAAGUUUAUGGAAACUUUUAAAGCUCUUAAGGAGGGUCGUGAACCAGACUAUUCAGAGUAUAAGGAAUUUAAGAUAACUGUUGAGAAUAUUGGAUACAAAAUGCUUAUGAAGAUGGGAUGGAAGGAAGGAGAUGGCCUGGGAUCUGAUGGCCAAGGAAUCAAGAAUCCUGUGAACAAGGGAACAACGGCUGUCGAUGGUGCAGGUUUUGGCAUUGAUCGUCCAGCAGAGUUAUCAAAAAGUGAUGAUGAAUAUGAUGCAUUUCGGAAAAGGAUGAUGCUGGCGUACCGCUUCCGACCAAACCCCCUAAACAACCCAAGACGUCCGUAUUACUAAAGGUUUUACCAUUGAUCUAUGAUUUCAUCAGAAGACUUGUCAACCUCCAUAAUGAAUUGGUGUCGUCGCUGGCAACAGGCAUUGAUCUAGUCCAUUUUUAUCAGGAAUGCUAGAUAUGUUCACCCUUAGAAAUUAAAUUCAUAACCCAUUAAGUUGUGCAGCUUCAUGCCACUUUAAUAAAUAUCUUUUUAACUCUU